AUGAAUGAAAGAAAUCCUUACAAAAAUUAUUUCAAUUCCUUUUUAUUAGAUGGAAUUGAAUACAAAUAUUUUGAUUUAUGCGCCUUUGGGGAUGCUUAUCAAAGGUUACCCUAUUCGAUAAGAGUUUUAUUAGAGUCGGCAGUUAGGAACUGUGACAACUUUCAAGUAACAGAAAACGACGUAAAAAAUAUUUUACAAUGGGAGACAAAUCAAAAAGUACCUGGUGGAGUAGAAGUAGCUUUCAAACCUGCACGUGUAAUUCUUCAGGAUUUCACUGGAGUUCCAGCAGUGGUUGAUUUUGCUGCUAUGAGAGAUGCUGUAAAAUUAUUAGGAGGAGAUCCUGACAAAAUAAAUCCCAUUUGUCCAUCUGAUCUUGUAAUUGAUCAUUCAGUUCAAGUAGAUUUUGUUAAAACUUCUGAUGCAUUACAAAAAAAUGAAGAUUUAGAAUUUGAGAGAAACAAAGAAAGAUUCACAUUUUUAAAAUGGGGUGCAAAAGCAUUUAGAAAUAUGUUAAUCGUACCUCCAGGCUCAGGAAUUGUUCAUCAAGUGAAUUUGGAACAUUUGGCUAGAUUGGUGUUCAAUGUUGAUAAUUUAUUAUAUCCUGAUUCAGUUGUCGGCACUGAUUCUCACACAACAAUGAUUAAUGGUAGGCUAGGAGUAGUAGGAUGGGGAGUAGGAGGUAUUGAAGCAGAAGCUGUAAUGUUGGGCCAAUCAAUAUCUAUGCUUUUGCCAGAAGUGGUUGGGUACAAAAUUACUGGAACUCUCGGGCCAUAUGUUACAUCAACAGAUCUGGUUUUAACUAUAACAAAGCAUCUCAGGCAAUUGGGAGUUGUUGGAAAGUUUGUUGAAUUUUUCGGUCCUGGUGUAUCUGCACUGAGCAUCGCUGAUAGGGCAACCAUAAGCAACAUGUGUCCCGAAUAUGGAGCAACAGUUGGUUUUUUCCCUGUUGACCAAGAGAGUUUAGAUUACUUAAAAAAAACAAAUAGACCCGUAAGCAAAAUCAAAGUCAUGGAGCAUUAUCUUAAAACGACUAAAAUGCUUAGAGAUUAUGCUGACUCUACGCAAGACCCUGUUUACAGUCAGGUCAUAGAACUUGACCUAGGAACAGUUGUAAGUUCAGUUAGUGGUCCUAAGAGACCACAUGACCGUGUAUCUGUCAGCGAAAUGAAAACAGACUUUUUGAACUGUCUCACAAAUAAGGUGGGAUUCAAAGGUUUUGGAUUGAACGCCGAACAAACAAAGGCUAUGUGUUCGUUUAAUUACGAAGGUAAAGAUUAUAUUCUCAAACAUGGAUCUGUUGUGAUUGCUGCUAUCACCAGUUGUACAAACACAAGUAACCCGAGUGUCAUGUUAGGAGCUGGAUUGUUAGCAAAAAAAGCUGUUCAAGCAGGCCUUACGACCUUACCUUACAUAAAAACGUCUCUUUCGCCUGGUUCAGGGGUUGUAACGUACUAUCUGAAAGAAAGUGGCGUCGUACCAUACCUCGAGCAAUUAGGAUUUUCAGUUGUGGGAUAUGGAUGCAUGACUUGUAUUGGUAAUUCUGGACCACUUCCACCAUCUGUUGUCGAAGCUAUUGAAAAAGCGGAUUUGGUUUGUUGUGGCGUUCUUUCUGGAAAUCGUAAUUUCGAGGGUAGAAUUCACCCCAACACAAGAGCUAACUACUUGGCAUCUCCUUUAUUAGUAAUAGCUUACACGAUUGCCGGAAGAGUGGAUAUCGAUUUCGAAACCGAACCUCUUGGAAUGACUCCCGAUGGCAAAGAAAUAUACCUUCGAGACAUUUGGCCUACCAGAGCAGAAAUCCAAGAAGUGGAAAAAAAACAUGUAAUUCCUGUUAUGUUUGAAGAAGUAUACGGAAAAAUACAAAAUGGCUCUCUCUCGUGGCAAAGCAUUCAAGCACCUCCCUCCAAAUUAUACCCAUGGAAUGAAACUUCAACUUAUAUCAAAAAACCACCAUUUUUCGAUGGAAUGACUAGAGCACUACCUGGAGUGAAAUCAGUCAAAAAUGCCAGAGUUUUACUAAACUUGGGAGAUUCGGUAACAACUGAUCAUAUAUCUCCAGCCGGAAGUAUUGCGAGAAACAGUCCAGCAGCUCGGUUUUUAGCAUCAAAGGGGUUAAUGCCGAGAGACUUCAACUCGUACGGAUCGAGAAGAGGAAAUGACGCAGUAAUGGCACGUGGUACUUUCGCUAACAUCCGGCUUGUUAAUAAAUUCAUGAAUCAACCAGGGCCGAAAACAAUUCACAUCCCAACAGGAGAAGAGAUGGAUGUCUUCGACGCUGCCGAACGGUACAAAAUGGAAAAUACUCCCUUAAUCAUUCUCGCCGGUAAAGAUUACGGAUCGGGAUCGUCCAGAGACUGGGCUGCAAAAGGACCGUACUUAUUGGGCAUAAAAGCAGUGAUUGCAGAAACUUACGAAAGGAUUCACAGAUCUAACCUGGUUGGAAUGGGAAUAAUACCCCUACAAUAUUUGGAGGGCCAAGAUGCUGAAAAAUUGAAACUCACCGGAAAGGAAACUUAUACGAUUGACAUACCAGACGAUGUCAAACCGUUGCAAAAAAUUACAGUGAAUCUGAACGACGGAAGAAGCUUCGAUACAAGAUUGAGAUUAGAUACAGAAGUAGAAUUAACUUACUAUAAAAAUGGUGGAAUUUUAAAUUACAUGAUUAGAAAAAUGUUGGAUUAG